AUGAACUUGGUCGCUCUCCUCGUUCUGCCUUAUUUCGGCUGUUUCGCUGUGAGACCCGUCUGGAGGACGCCGGUGGCGAGCAGUAGUAAUGAGAGCGCUCCGCAUACCGUUUUGUCAAAGCGAGCCCAGCCCAAUUAUUAUACGCGUCCCGAGCAGGUCUCGAUACCCGACUAUCGUCCAGCGAGCCCAUUGGGUCCCGGCCAUUUUCGACCGUUCGCGUGGGUCGGACCACAGCCGAAGGCCGGCUCGACGCACGACGCGCUCUACAAUCAGGCGCCGCACAAGGCGCCGAGUUUCCCCAGCGGCCUUCCGCCGCUUCCGCCCAACUGGGACAAAUAUCCGGUGCAGAUGAUCUGGGUUCCCGACGGUCCCGGCAACGCCUAUAGUCCCUAUCUGAUGAGUCCGUCGCAAUACGGCUUGUAUGGUCCGAGGCAGGCGGCGACGAGGCCCGCCCAUUCGCCCGACACCUAUACGGGCACGAUGGCGCACUCGCCGGCCGCGCAAUCGCCGACGACGACGCCGUCUCGGCCGAAUCCGACGAUUCGCGCCGGACCGCAAGAGCCGAGCAAUCGGAUGGCGAGCGAUGAGGAGACGACCGCCUCCACCUCUACCACAAUCAGCACCACGGAAUCGAAGGCUCCAGUCUUCAUCAUGACCAAGAAUCCAUUCGAUUCCAGCAAGACAGUUCCCCCAAUCUACCUCGGGUCGAGCGAGGAGAACGAGGAUAUCACUUCCUCCAACUUCAACGGACCAUCUCCACCAAUGGAAGACGGCGCGACGCUGACACCUGAGCAGGAAGAGAAGGAAAUGAUGGCCAACUUUUUCCCGCGACCUGUCACCGAGCAGGCCUAUCAGCCGCCGGGCCAUCAGCCCGACGAUUUCGGAUGUCAUCUCAAUGUGAACUUCAAGAAGCCGUCGAAGGCGUGCGCGUCACCGCCGUGCACCGGCAUCGACACCGACAAAGUGUCGUUGUACAAGCCGGAUCGCGGCGAGAUCGGCCCGACGCUGGUGAUCAGCAAUGCGGCGAAGGAGGACGCGUUUCGAGCCGGCUACAAACCGCCGCCGACGGCCACCGUCAAUCCCUACGUUCCGCCGCCACCGCCGCCGAAUCCCGACGACUACGCGACGCCGUACACGAAUCCGCCGGCGAAUCAUCCAUUCCCGUCGUUCCACACCUCGGUGCCGCCGUCGGAAUACCUAUUUGAGGAGACGACGACGCCGUUCGUUCCCACCGCGUUGACAAUGGAAUCGGAGCUGACGACCACCAGGCCGUCGACGUCGACGUCUUCUCGACCACGUGUGACGGAUUAUGAUGAGGGUCCGACGAUGUACGUGCCGCCGGCAAUCGCGCAUAUGACGCCGUCUACGGCGUCUCCAAAGAAUCCACCGACGUAUCAACCGCUUCAUCCGGAAGAUGUGACGACUCGAAUCGCGGACAUCAGCAAGGCGACACAGACGCCGGCGAGUAUCACCAGAAUUCCGCAAGGCGGUGGUGGAGCUUUUGAGACGACGACUUCUGAACACUACACGUCACCGAGGUAUGAAGAGACGACGACAACAACUUCUGAAUACCUCACGUCACCGAGGUAUGAAGAGACGACGACGACAACUUCUGAAUACUACACGUCACCGAGGUAUGAAGAGACGACGACAACAACUUCUGAAUAUCACACGUCACCGAGGUAUGAAGAGACGACGACAACAACUUCUGAAUAUCACACGUCACCGAGGUAUGAAGAGACGACGACGACAACUUCUGAAUACUACACGUCACCGAGGUAUGAAGAGACGACGACAACAACUUCUGAAUAUCACACGUCACCGAGGUAUGAAGAGACGACGACAACAACUUCUGAAUAUCACACGUCACCGAGGUAUGAAGAGACGACGAUGACGACGACUUCUUCGUCGACUUCUAGGCACACCGAUCGAGAGACGACGACCCUCGAGUCAACGAUUUCAACGUCGGAAACGCCUCCAGCAAGCACGACGUCUUCAGGAAUUCCAAAUUUGACGACGUCAGAAUCUUCAAGACAAACUGAUCGCGAGACGACGACGAAAUCAACAGUUUCCACGACAGCGAGGACGUCAAGAUUCGAGAAUCCGAGCACUUCAGAAUUCAUCACACCGGGGUCAGCAGAGCAAACUUCGCGAAUCACUGACAGAAUUCAAAGUUUCGAGUUUUCGACGACGACGAGCCCAAGAAGCACACCGUCGCCAUUCACCACCAUCACCAUUCAGCCGUUCACCACCCAAACGACGCCAAGAAUCCCAACGCGUCACAAUCCAUACGUGCCGCCGGAAGGCGCUCCACGUGUGCCGAAUCGCGUCAUCGGCAAACCGAAGAUUCUGUGCAAAGAGGACGGCAUCACGUUCGAGAUCAAGACCAUCCUUCCGCUGAGCGGCUCGAUAUUCGCGAAUGAUCGCAAACGUCAUCCGGAAUGCUCGAAGGUGUUCAGCGAUGACGCGCAUCCAAAGCUAUUCCUUCCGUUCAAGGAGUGCGGUGUGAAGAAUGUCGGCGAUGAAGCCGACACACGAGCUCAAUAUCACAUACAGGUGGUCCUCGAGAUGGAUCAAGGCAACGGCACCAACGUCGUCCAAUCCUUCAUGUCUCAAUGCGUCCUCCAGAAGAUCAACUACAAUAAGCAAGUGUUGCCGAAGCGAAUUGAAGAGGCGCUGGAAGAACUUCAUCUUGUGCCGUCAAAACUCGAGCAAAAAGCGUCGAUGCCGACGGCGGUGAUGCAAAUCGUCGUCGACGAAGGUCACCACAAACUCGGACCCGAAGUGAUGGCCGCCGACAUCGGAAUGCCGUUGGCGAUUCGUUGGAGUCUCGAGCCCGAGUCGGACGCCUAUGGACUUCACGUGAGGAAUUGCAAAGUCGUCGACGCCAUCGGCCACAACGAGCACGUGCUCAUCGACGAGCACGGAUGUUCGGCCGACGUUCAGAUCAUCGACCAUCCGCACUACGACACCUAUCACGAUACGGCGUCGGCGCACAUGUGGGCGUUCAAAGUGCCCGACAUGUCGUCGCUUCGAAUCAAAUGCGACAUUCUCAUCUGCUCCAACAUCAAAUCGACGGCGACGAACGCGACGAGCUGCGACGCGAUUCCGUCGCCGCCGUUUUGCGCCGAUCUCGUCACGUCGCCACAAAACUCGAUUCUGUCCGACGCGUCGUCGUACGCGAAACCGCGACGCAAUCUCGAAGCGCAGGCGCUCACCGCCGUCAGUCAAUCGGUUCGCGCGACGCUGUGCGUCUCCAAAAACUGCCAACCGGAUUACAUUGACGAGAUUCGAGUGUGCGUGAACACGCGUCUCGCCGCCACCUCAACCGGCUUGUCCAUCGCUUUCCUCAUCUUCGCCAUCGCAUUCAAGCUAAUCGUCGGUGCCAAUUCUUCGCGUUAA